AUGUCUCUGCUUAAGACUGCUGGUCAAAUAUGGUCGGGCCUGUGGAAAUUGAUGCUUUUGGAACAAAAGGUUGGUUGGAAAAACAUUGUGUGCCUGCUCACGCUAUGCUUUAUUAUGGGACUGGGAGCUGGAGGCAUCCUUCAUUUGUGCUUGCGGGCAUUGCAAUGCAGCCAUUCCGUGUCUCUGGCAAUCUCUGGGUCCUUCACUGCUGUUACUGGCGCAGCUUUAUUUCUUUCCAAAUAUCUCAGGUGCAUCACUCUGAUAUUCCUCAUCUCGUGCGGAACGCAACAGGGCCGCAAUGGUCUGAUUACUGCCGGCACCAGUGUGGUGCUUCUUAAAUGUGCCCAGAACAUCUUCACCAAUUUACAAGGCUUAGCAGAGAGUGCAGUCUGCUACCUGGAGCACAUGCUUCCAUCUAUCAGAGGAAUUAUGGAAAUGUACCGUGAAGUAAUAAAGUGGAUUUCUGAACAAGCUUUGAAAAUCCCCAAAAAUAUAUUUGUGAAGUUAGAAGAUAAAUUUGAGUUGAACUACAGAGUGGAAGAUGAAGAUUUCGAAAGAAACCUGAGCACAGUGAAACAUCGCUUAAAGAGUCUCGGGGAUAACAUCAAAUCGUCGUUUGAUAUAAUCUUUCUCGUUUGGAAAAACACUUUGGCCAUAAUUGGUGUUUUAUUCAUCCUGGUAGCCACUUGGUUCUAUAUUAGAAGGUAUUUAAACAAAAUGAAAUUUGAAAAUGUAUUUAUCACAAACCAGUUUCUGAAAUACGACGCAGCCCAGAAAGAAAAAGGGAAGCCUCAUCUUCUCUCAUUGACUCAAAAAGAGAGAAAAUACAUCAUAGAAUUCCCAUCACUGUGGUUGACAGCAAGGGAAUGGAAAACAAUGGCAAGAUUUUUCACUCCCAUCUUUAUUAAUCUGUGCGCUUGGGCAACAAACAUAAUGAUUGAUUGGGCACUGUACAUCUUUAUUUCUUCAAUAAGAAAUCAGCUAGAAAUUCUGCCAGCAAUAAACAUAACAAUAAGCAUGAAAUCUGACGUACAGCUUAAAUUCAUUAAUAUUCCUAUAGAAAUUCAAAAUCCUGUGAAAAUGUCUGCACAAAUGUUUUCAUAUGAAACACAUUUGUAUAAACGUGAAUGCAUCCCUCGACCGACUCUAUCAAUUACAGAGAUAUGGAUCCCACUUGUUGUAAUAAUUGCUGCCCUCAUGUUAGUCACAUUAUUUUCAGCUAAAUUAACAGUAUUGAAAGUUCUGGUUUUAGCCUCAUUUUACCCUGACACCGAGAGCGACCGAGUACAGUUCCUGCACCAAAAAUUGCUACAGAAAAGAAUGUCAGUAAACCUGGAAAACAGAGAGAAGAAACUGAGCACUCAGGCUAACUCGGCACUUUACCUCUUUAUGAAAUUGGCAGUGGGAAUGGAGACUUGGCAGUGGUGUGUUGGCAUAUCAAUGGCACACAUGCUUGGCAAUAGCACACAGGAUAGCAAUAACACUCACGUUGGCCUUGGCACACAAGCUGGCAAUAAAACCCAGGCUAGCAUAGUACAACAACUGGCAAUCAACAUGCCAAUAGGCAGACAGGUCUUCUUUUGGUUCCCCAUCUUCAAAAUGCACUAUAAAACCCACCCACUAGAAGCACCACUUGAUGAGCUUUGA